AUGAGUGAAAGCAUAACGAUAACAGCUAAUAGCAUAGAUAACCCUGAAACAGAUGUGAGGCGUAACGAAAGAUUCCAUCUCGUUCCCAGAAAAAGACUUGAAGCGUUAGUGACAACAAGUGGGCUAAUCGGGGCAAUGAUUGGCUUUUACGAUGGAGUAAAGAUUUCAUCACUCAGAUACUUGACUGAAAACGCACAUCGAAUGCCGAAAACCGUGGGUGGGUGGUAUUUUUAUCAUAAAAAGAAGAAUUAUGUCAUGAUCGUUGCUGGUGUCAAAAAGGCGAUUACAACUAGUUUCAAAUAUGGUGCAGCUGUCGGUGGGUUCUUUGGUUUGGAAUAUUUACUAGACAUUAGUAGAGGAAAUACAAUAGACUUUUUCAACACCACAACAGCAGCAUUCUUAACAUCGACCUUUUAUGCAAAAUACAACAAGUUGAGCUCUAUGCAAACCAGAAAAAUGAUCUUCAAAGGGACGGCCUUGGGCUUGACCCUUGGUUUAAUACAGGACUAUUUAAUUCACGCCAGAAAGGGUAGAGUCUGGUAUUUAGAUAGGUAUACACAACAAAAACUCGUAUAA